UCUUAUUUUAGGACUCCUAUCACUGUUUUAGAUUCUAUAUCAUCUGUUUAUAGCUAGCCAUGAAACUCGAUCCCGAAAGUCAACUUGCCCAGGAAUUGAAGGUGGCACUCACCAACCGCUUACAGGCGCUCAACAUUAGCGACGACGCCGACUAUGUGGCGGAAUUUAUUGUGGUUUUGAUCUCUAACGACAAGACCGCUCAAGAAAUUACCCAGGAGUUGGGCUCUUUAUUUGACAAUGUCAUUCCAGAGUCGUUGAUCCAGGAUGUGUUCACUGAAUUGGAGAACAUGCAAAAUCCACAGUUUCAGCAACAGGCGUACCAAGCACAGCAAGCCCAACAGCAGGCUCAGGCCCAGGCUCAGGCCCAGGCUCAGGCUCAACAGCAAGCUCAGGCUCAAGCUCAGGCUCAGGCCCAGGCUCAACAGCAGAUGCUUGCCCAGCAACAAGCUCAACAGGCUCAACCUCAGCAGGCUCAACCUCAGUCUCAGUUCCCAUUGCAGACCCAGCAGACUCCACUCCAAGUCCAACCUCAUAUCCAACAGCAACACCAACAGCCACAAUACACGGCUCCGUUUGCCACUACCGGCGUUGCAUCUCUCCCACCGUUGCCGACGCAGCCGCGCAACUUUAAGGCAAAGAGCUCGAUCCCUACCAGAGGCGGGAUCAGCAAAACACUCCCGCGUGGCCCUGCCAGAACGGAAAGACUCCAGGCUGGGAUGUCAGCGGCACUUUCACUGGGUGCUCCAUCGACCCAGUUCGUUCAGAAGCGCGGGAUCGGCAGAUGUCCGCAGUUUCCAUAUUGCAAGAACAGAGAGUGUCCGUUGGCGCACCCAACCAAGCCUUGCUUCGCGUUUCCAAACUGCUCGAACGCCCCGGGUACGUGCAACUUCUUGCACAAGGGUGAGGACGAUGCGUUGAUAUUGGAGUUGGAAAAGUCUAAGGCCGAAUUCCAGGCUCAGAAGAAGCUCCAAUACGAGCAGAAGCAGCUCGAAUUCCAGAAGCACAAGCAGAGCUUUGUGCCGGCGCUUACCUUGUGUAAGUUCGGCCCCGUCUGCCAGAAGGAUACGUGUCCCUUCGGCCACCCUACACCUGCCAACAGGGACGCCAAGGUCACUCAGAUCGAGUGGUGCGCUGCCGGUAAGGCAUGCGCCGAUACCGCCUGCUUGAAGGCCCACCCGUCGCCGGUCUACAAGCCGUCUGCUGAGGAGCAGCAGUCCAAAUUGGACAAGAGCCUUGAACAGUGCCGCUUCGGCGCCUCGUGCACUAACUACAAGUGCCCUCGUCGCCACGCCACCUCCCCGGUUAUCUGUCGUGAAGGUGGUAACUGUAAGCGUAUUGACUGUUUCUUCACCCAUCCGUUGGCGGAGGAGUGUCGUUUCGGCAUCAACUGCAAGAACAAGACGUGUGCGUACCAGCAUCCGCCGGGCAGAACCGAGAUGUUGAGCAAGCCAUUGGUGUGGUCGCGUGACAGUGCCGAAACGACCAGCCAAAGACAGUUUGCUGUUCCGGAUGACGAGGUGAUGGAGCAAGCGCCGCCACAGGAAGCCUAAGUCUGGAGGUAAAGCUCUCCACCUGGCUACUUUGCUUAGUUAGCAAAUACUUUUCACCUACCGUGUAUUAUAUCGUUUUUUUAUUAUUUUCCUAUUUCUUUAAUCUUUGCAUACAUUUUCGGUUUAUUUUUUUU